AGAGGCUUUUUUAAAAUAUGUUUAUUUCUGAAUGCAUAUGUGUAUUCAUGUUUAUUUAUUAAAUUAUGGAUUGAUUAAAUAAAACAUGUCAUAUUAAUAGAGGAUAAAUCGAUCGCUUUUAUAUCUUCUUUCUGUGUAGCGUUUUUUGGUUAUUAACCAGUAACUUAACCGAUAGUUUGUUUACGGGUAUAAAAAUUUAAUUCACACAUACUUAUAUGCAAUGAUAUCGUUGAAAUGGUCCUGAUCAGUAUUAGUUAAUUUACCAUCGAUAAUUAUCAAAUACGACCGCUAAAACAGCUGAUUGAUUAUAUGUAAUUAAACCUUGUCGCAACUUCUACAAUAUUUCAAUACGAAGAAAAUGUCACUGUUUCGAUUAUCUUUACGCAUUUUAACUCAAAACAAAGGAUUAACACGUUUGCCAGUGUUAGAUCAAACUCGUUGCAUUAAGCGUUGGGUGGCGCCGACAUUACGUGAGCUUCGCAGGCGACAAAAAAAGUUAGGACCCCAGCUGCCACAACCACGUUCCGGUUUUAUUGAGUGGAAUUACCGUGCUGAGUUAUUUGCUUUUGGUAAACGUCUACAUGAAGAAUUUGAUUUAGAAAUGCUGCAGGCAGCAUUCACACAACCUUCGUAUGUGCAAAAAGAGCAAUUGCGGCAACGUGAACUUGGUAUUGUCGAAACAGACGUAGUAAUUAAAGACAACUAUGAAGUGUCCGAACGAGGAGCAUAUUUAGCAAAAGAGUGUGUUCGUGCAUAUUUGAAACAUUCAUUUCCGAAUGUGCCUGUGGAUGGGAUAAAUGCCUUCACAGAUUAUUUGCUAAGUACUGGAAUGCUAUCACAUAUCGCCGCACAUCUAGGUAUGAGUGAAUUGUUACUUGAUGACAAUUAUCCACCUGAACAAGAAUCCUUGGCUCGUUCAUUACUUGCUGUUAUCGGCACAAUCGAGCAAUGCAAUGGACAAGAACGAGCAUUUCUUUUUAUACGAGAUUUCAUAUGUACACAAAUGAAUCAGCGCGAUUUACUUGAAAUAUGGCGUAUUGACGAUCCAGAAAUACUGUUGAAGCAAAUUUGUGAUGAAAGAAAUUUGGGUGAAAUAGAACCCCGUUUAAUUGGCGAUUGUGGUAAAAAUACUCUCCUUGCUGCAUAUCACGUGGGAUUAUAUGCAAAUAAAAAACUGGUUGGUCGGGGAUUUGGCGAAAAUGUGGCAAUUGCUACAAAAGUGGCUUCACUGAAUGCUUUACAGGAAAUAUUUUGUAUACAAGAUAACAUGCGUCCCCUUAAUUUCCAAUCACACCUAAAGCUAGAAGCUUGUAAUGCUAUAGAAAAUUAGGCUUAAAAAGUCAGUUUAUUACCUCAUGCUUAUAGGUCUUUGAAAUAAAAUGCAAAUAUCUGAGUUCAACAAAUAAAAUCUUUGAAAUUUUUUUUCCGAA